UCAUCCAGCGCAGACAUCUCCCCCGGUACACACUGACAGCCACAGCCGCUCCCACCCGCAGCUCAGACCCCAGGCUCCACCCAUUUCCCGCCCUCAGUCAGCACUUCCGGCUCCUCCUUUGACGUCACGAAAAAAGAUGGCGCUGUCCUGCAGGAGCGGUGCUGCCCUGAAGAAGUACCUGCUGCUCCUGGCCCAGGAGAACUGCGAGUUCAGGCUACCGGAAAUUCAGUCUCUUCUCUCACUUUAUGGGGGCAACGUGAAUAAUAUUCAAGAAAACCAUGGAACGUCUCCUUUCUGUGUUCUUAAUAUCCCAUGUGAAGACCUGGCAAGAAAAAUAAUGUGCAGGACUGUAUGUGCAAAAUCACUCUUUGAGUUGUGGGGUCAUGGAAAAUGCCUGAACGAGCUCAAGCUAUCGAUCCAGAGUUAUCCGUUGGAAAAGAUGGUCCCCUAUCUACAGCCCAACUCAACAUACAAGAUAUGCAUCAACAGUUUUAAUAAAACUUUGACUCAGAAAGAAAAAGUUGCAAAGAUAGACGCAAUGGAGUUCAUGCCAUUUAAAGGGAAAGUCAGUUUACAAAAUGCAGAACAUAUAUUCUACUUACUAGAGGAUUAUGGACCAGACCCAAAUACUGCCCCCCAAGAUCCUCUGCAGAUCUACUUUGGCCGGUGGAUUGCAGAUGGACAAAGGGAUCUUAUCAAUUCAUACAGUGUGAAAAAGAGGCACUUUAUUGGGAACACAAGCAUGGACGCGGGACUUUCUUUCAUCAUGGCAAACCAUGCAGGAGUUAGGCCCAAUGAUUUAGUGUUCGAUCCUUUUGUUGGCACUGGGGGUCUUUUGGUACCAUGUGCACACUUUGGGGCUUAUGUAUGCGGCACAGAGAUUGAUUACAACACAGUCCAUGGACGGGGUAAAGCAACUCGAAUGAACCAGAAGUGGAGAGGGCCAGACGAGAACAUCAGGGCCAAUUUACGCCAGUACGGGUUAGAGAAGCACUAUCUUGAUAUCCUUGUGUCUGAUGCGUCAAAGCCCAUCUGGAGAAAAGGGCCAUUGUUUGAUGCAAUCAUUACAGACCCCCCAUAUGGCAUUCGGGAGUCGACUAGAAAGACUGGCACACAGAAAGAAAUGAUAAAGACAGACCAAUUUCCAGAAAAUCAUGUGCCUGUGCAGCUGACCUAUCACUUAAGUGAUAUAUUCUUGGACCUGUUGAACUUCGCAGCGGAGUUCCUUGUAGUAGGAGGGAGGUUGGUCUACUGGUUACCUGUGUACAGGCCUGAAUAUACGGAUGAGGUUGUACCCCGGCACCCGUGCCUGAAACUUAUUAGUAACUGUGAACAGAUGCUUUCCAGCCACACGUCUCGCCGCCUGAUAACAAUGGAAAAGGUGAAGGAGUUUGAGGACAAGGACCAGUAUGCACACCUGAAGGAUGGGCAGCAUGCGCUGUAUGAAGGUCACAACUCGUUCCGUGAGAAGUAUUUUAGCGGCUUAACAAAGAGAAUUGCAAGAGGAGAACGAGCCAGAGCCAGAGAUCAGAACUGCAGUGAUUAUAGUUCUACCAAUGAGCGCCAGGUUGUCUGACGUCCAGUGCUUCGUGUUAUUUUACAGAUGGUGCAUCUUAUGGAUGCGGCUGAGAUGGCAGUCUACCUUUCUCAAGUGAAUAUGAAAACCUCUCCACACUUUCAACGUGUAACACGCCAUCUUCCUUCAUACUUUUCCUUAACAGGUCUCGGUCAAUCUCAGUUCUAAAUUACUGACAGGUGUGUGGGAGCCACACAGCUAACGCACAUGCUCCACUCUGUUUUACUGAUGUCUAGUUGAUCCCGAGGAUCGGGUGGAAAUAAGCAUGUUCACUGUGUUAUACAUAUAUAUGGAUACAGACUGUUGAAGGAAUGAAACAACAUGACUGAUGUUGCUCGCCAAGCGUUUUUAUUAGAAUCUACAAAAUGACUUUUCACCUGCCUCUGACCUUGUGUUUUUGUGUCCACCACCCUGAAGGUUUAUGAAGGGGUUAAGCUAACAUAGAACGGUUUCAUAUUCAUUUGGAGGAUUGCAAGGUCUCUGGUUUACAUUCUCGUAUUUUAUUGUAUAUAAACCUGCGCUCUGUAUUUAUAGUCUUUUUAAUGGGAAUUAGCACGGCUAAGUGGCCACAGAGCUGGAGCUCACUGGCUGCUCCGUCUGUCUUUCACAGAGGGAAGUUGCACUGUUUUCUUUUCAGUCUCCAACCUCUGGAAUCUGUUCUUAACAUGUAAGGGUGAUGAAGUGUCCCUCAUUAGGGAGAUUGCUUUCAUUUGUUAUUGUUUGUAAUUGAUACAUAUUAAACACACACAAUCUUGCUUUGUCUUGUUACAGCAGCGUUGUAUGCAGAGGCCCUUUGUGGUUUGUUAUUGGUCUGACCCUGGCCAGUUAUGUUAAGCCCAGAGGACUUGACUGAGACUUUGGAAGGCGAUGGCAUUUUGUUGAGCCUGUCCACAUCUGAAGCUCAUCUGUUCUUUUUCAUUUGUUUUUACAUUCCUACAAUCCGACUUUCUCUUAAGACAGCUGACUUUAUGUUGUUUUUUUUCCUUUCUUUUAUUACUCACAACCUAAAAGACUUUUUUUUGUGGAGCCAUAACAAGUAGGUGUGUGGCUCUUCUUAUGUCUGCACUGAGAUAUUCUCUUUUGAAAUUGAAGCUGUGUUUAGACUUUUAUGUUUCUUUAUUUUUAUUCGGUGCUAACACUUUGCUGAUUUUACCUUGUCACCCUUGGGAAGAUAACUGUAAAGAUGAAUCACUAAUAAUUGUGGUCAGCAAGACCUUUUCUCCUUCCACAUUAACCCUAGUUUACCGGAGGUGAAAAGGACAGGAAGGGCUCUAGCACAACCUAAACUAUUGUGCCAUGAUGUAUUGUGGGUAGACAUGGGAACAAGGCAAAAAACAACAUAAAGAAUGAAGUGUUCCUGAGAACCGUACUCUACAUCAAGCAACCAACAAUUUUCUAUGUGAUAUGUAUGCAUAGCUUUAUGGGUGGAAUCUAUACAGAUUUUUACAUUGGUCUUCCUGUCUGUCUAUACAAUGUUUUGUUUUUAAACAAGGGCUCAUCCCAAAGCUUCAUGUAAAUAAAGUUCCCUGA